GCUCCCCGGUUCUCCCCCGGUCCCGGUAGCCGGGGGCGGCCCCGCCCGCCGCCGCCAUGGCCGGGAAGUCCCGCAGCGGUUCGGAAGCGCUGAAGGUGGUGGCCCGGUGCCGGCCCAUGAGCAGGAAGGAAGAAGCCGCCGGGUACCAGCGUGUCCUGGAGCUGGAUGUGAAGCUGGGCCAGGUGAGCAUCCGCCACCCCCGCGCAGCCCCCGGGGACCUCCCCAAGACCUUCACCUUCGACGCCGUCUACGACGCCAACUCCAAGCAAGCGGAUCUCUACGACGAGACGGUUCGGCCCUUGAUCGAUUCCGUGCUCCAGGGCUUCAACGGCACCAUCUUCGCCUACGGGCAGACCGGCACCGGCAAGACCUACACCAUGCAGGGGGUCUGGGCGGAGCCGGAGAAGAGGGGCAUCAUCCCCAUGUCCUUCGAGCACAUCUUCACCCACAUCUCCCGCUCCCAGAACCAGCAAUACCUGGUCAGGGCCUCCUACCUGGAGAUCUACCAGGAGGAGAUCAGGGACCUCCUCGCCAAGGAUCAGAGCAAGAAGCUGGAGCUGAAGGAGAACCCCGAGGCCGGGGUGUACAUCAAGGACCUCUCCUCCUUCGUGACCAAGAACGUCAAGGAGAUCGAGCACGUGAUGAACCUGGGCAGCCAGACGCGGGCGGUGGGCAGCACCAACAUGAACGAGCACAGCUCCCGCUCCCACGCCAUCUUCCUCAUCACCAUCGAGUGCAGCGAGCGGGGCCCCGACGGGCAGGAGCACAUCCGCGUGGGGAAGCUCAACCUGGUGGACCUGGCGGGCAGCGAGCGCCAGAGCAAGAUGGGGGCCCAGGGAGAGCGCCCCAAGGAAGCCUCCAAGAUCAACCUCUCCCUCUCCGCCCUGGGCAACGUCAUCUCUGCCCUGGUGGACGGCAGGAGCACCCACGUCCCCUACAGGGACUCCAAGCUGACCCGGCUGCUCCAGGAUUCCCUGGGGGGCAACGCCAAGACCAUCAUGGUGGCCACCUUGGGCCCGGCCUCGCACAGCUACGACGAGAGCCUCUCCACCCUUCGGUUCGCCAACAGGGCCAAGAACAUCAAGAACAAGCCCCGGGUGAACGAGGACCCCAAGGACACCUUGCUGAGGGAGUUCCAGGAGGAGAUCGUGCGGCUGAAGGCGCAGCUGGAGAAACGCGGGAUGCUGGGGAAGAAGAGGAGAAGGAGCAGCCGGAGGAAGAAGGUGGCGGACGGAGAGAGCGCCCCGGAGAACGAAGGGGAGGAGGACAACGAGGAGGGCCUGGAGAAGAACAUGGAGAGUUACUUGAAGGAGCAGAAGGAGAGGCUGGAGGAGGAGAAGGCUGCUAUCCGGGAUGACCACAGCCUGGUGAGCGAGGAGAAGCAGAAGCUGCUGCAGGAGAAGGAGAAGAUGAUCGAGGAUCUACGGAAGGAGCAGGAGGCCACGGAGCUGCUGGCCACCAAGUACAAGGCGAUGGAGAGCAAACUGCUGAUCGGGGGCAGAACCAUCAUGGACCACACCAACGAGCAGCAGAAGAUGCUGGAGCUGAGGCGUCAGGAGAUUGCUGAGCAGAAACGCCGGGAGCGGGAGAUGCAGCAGGAGAUGCUGCUGAGGGAUGAGGAGACCAUGGAGCUGCGGGAGACGUUCAGCUCCCUGCAGCAGGAGGUGGAGAUCAAAACCAAGAAGCUGAAGAAGCUCUAUGCCAAGCUCCAGGCAGUGAAGGCAGAGAUCCAGGACCAGCAUGAGGAAUACAUCCGUGUGCGCCAGGACCUGGAGGAGGCCCAGAACGAGCAGACACGGGAGCUGAAGCUCAAGUACUUGAUCAUCGAGAACUUCAUCCCACCAGAGGAGAAGAACAAAAUCAUGAACCGCCUCUACUUCGAUGGGGAGGAGGAGCAGUGGAAGUUCCAGCCCCUGGUGCCCACCGGAGGGAACAGCAACCAGAUGAAGAAGCGUCCGACCUCAGCAGUGGGGUACAAGAGACCCAUCAGCCAGUACGCACGGGUGGCCAUGGCCAUGGGAGCUCAUCCCCGGUACCGGGCUGAGAACAUCAUGUUCCUGGAGCUGGACCUCUCCCCUCCGGCCAUCUUCGAGUUUGAGAGGAGCAGGGACCCCUCAGAACAGGACCCCCGGGCCCUGCACCUGGAGAGGCUGCUGCACCUCGACAGCCUCCUGGAGCGGCCAGCGGCCUCCCGGGUCAGGAAGUCCCGGUCCUGGUGCCAGACGCCGCGGUCACUGCCGUCCUCCACCACGCAUGUGUCCCUCACCUCCAGCUCCCCCCGGGCCACCACGAUGCCAGCUCAGGAGUGACAUCCCGGACUCCCUGGUCACACACCCCUAACCUUGACCCUGUGCCACCUCGCAGUGAGGACCCAGCCCCACCCUGGAAGGGGCCCUGGUUGGCAGCAUCUCCACCGCUCCCCGAUCGGCUUCCUCUUCGGCUCCUUCGUGCGUGUGUUCGUGCAGCCCCGGGGCCAGGGGACCUUCCCCCCUCCUUCCUUCUGCUCUCCUUCUCCACCCUCCCCCCCCAAAGCCCGGAUCUUCCCCUUUAUUUAUUUAAGGUAUUUAUUUAUGGCGUGGUUGAUGCACAGGGUUGGGAGGCACCUCGGGGCUGGGGGACAUCCCAGACUGGCAGUGCCCGUGGCUCCUGGGGUGGGCUCAGCUCCCAGCCCUCCCCACACCGAUGCUGAGGUCCCUGUGCUGGACUGGGACAUGGAGACACUGCCUGGGUGUCCCCAUCAGCCUGCUGCUGCCCACAGGAGUGCUCUGCAGAGCAGGCAGCAGAGGGCCCAUGCCUGUCUCUGGUGGCUUUGGCAGCCCUGGAUGCUGGUGCUGUGGUGGCUUUGCUGGAUCCAAGGAACAUGGUGGUUUCUACAAGAAUUUGGGGACUUUGUGGUGGCAACACCUCGUGCUGGGCUUGUCAGAGGUUCAGAGGGAUCUCCAGCUUGCAUUAGCACUGGUGGCAGUGGUGACAUCUCCUUGACUUCUGGGCAUGGCUGUCACUCCAGGAACGUCAGCUCCAUCCACAGAGGGCUUGCAGAUCCAUCAGACCCAGUCAGUCCCAGUGGUGCUGGGACUUUGUUCACCUGUGCCAUGUUCUGGAGAUGGUGAUGACUCUGUCAUCAGUCACCUGGCACCCAGCUUGCUCUCCUUCCUUACAACAAGAAGAGGAGAUGGAAAGCUCCAUCCCUUCCCAGCCACCCUUCCCAAGGACACACAGAGUCUGAGGAGCAGUGUUCCCUCAGGGAGAGCAGAGGUGAUGGUGUCCACCAUCCUGGCAACCAAAGGCACUGCAGGAAUGCAGGACAGAUGGUGAUGCCUGGAGGAGUGCUGUCAGUAGCACUGUCCUCUGGGCUGGGUGAGACCUCGUGGGGUCAGCUUGUCGUUGGGAGAACUUUCCUGGUGAUUGCUGGGGUCACGGAGGGAUGGACAUGAAACAGGUGAAAUAUAGGAGGGAGCACUCUGGAGAUCUGAGACCCAUCCUGGGCAGCAGCACACAGAGGUGCCAGGACAUGGUUUGGUGUUCCUGGGUGAUUCAGGUGUCAGUGAUACAGCUGAGGGAAGGGGGUCCCUGUUGCAGACCAGCUCUGGCAGUGCUGGGCAGCAGCUGUGGUUUCCCUGGGGUGGCUUUGGGAUGUGCAGAGGUGGGGGAGAGCUGUUUGUGUGAGGAGGUCCUAAUGAAAACUAAGCCCCAUCCCUGGAACCAUUCCAGGGGAGGUUGGAUGGGGCCCUGACCAUCUUGCUCUGGGUGAAGAUGUCCCUGUUCUGGGUGAAGAUGUCCCUGCUCACUGCAGGGGUUGGACUCGGUGGGUUUGAAAGGUCCCUUCCCACCCAAACCACCCUGGGGUUCGAUGAGUGAGGCAGUGACCCCUGGGCCCCUUCAGAGGGCCAUGGCUGGGAAGGUGUGAGCAGGCUGCAGGCAGGGGCUCUUCUGGCAUCUCCUGGCAAUGAAGAGAAUUUCUGGUCACUGCUCACCUUGGUGACUCCUGCACACGGAGCUGGGAGGGAGGGAGAGGACACAAGGCACAGGCACAGAGCAGAACCAUCAGGAGCAGAACCAUCAGGAGCAGAACCAUCAGCUCUGUCUUCUUCAGAGCAGUGCCAGUCCCACCCUACAGGAGUGUCCCAUCAAGGUGCCCCAUGGGACAAAGGCUUGUGGUGGCCUUGGCAGUGUUGGGCAGUGGUUGGGCUUCAUGAUCUUAAAGGUCUUUUCCAACCCAAACGAUUCUGUUAUUCCAUGAGGCUGGGCUGGGGCAUCCACAGACCUUCCCAUCUCCUGACACAUCCCCUGCUCUGCUCUGAGAUCUCUUCCUGCAACAUUGUCCUGCUCCUCUUCUUGAUCUUUGCCCCCUGACCCCAUCUUCCCUCCUGUGCCCCAUAACAUCUUCUGUCUCUCCAAAACCUUUCUCCCCUUCUCCCCUACCCCAGCAGUUGGCUUGUAGGUGAUUUUGGAAGCUGUGGGUUGUUCCCAGGACUGAGCUCACUGCCCUUGAGCAGCACCCAGGUCUGGGGUGUCCUCAGCCUGGAGAGGAGGGUGCAGGAGAAAGGGGGUGGUAGAGAGGGGUCCCUUCCACGGUUUGGGGUGAGCUCCUCCUGUCCAGCAGGCAGGGAAGGGGUUGUCUGUGCCUUCCCUGGAGUAAGGGGGCUCUGGCCCCAUGGGACCUGGUGGGUGAGGGACCUGGUUCUUUAUUUCAUUUCCAGGAUGGCUUCUGGGAGGUGGGUUGGGAAGCACAGACUUGAGAGAGGGGAGAAGCUGCAGGAAAAAAAUUUCCUUCCUUGUUUUCUAAUUGCCCAAGUUCCUCUCCAGCUGGCUCAGCAGCUCCUGGAGCUCCAAGGUGAGGAACCAGUGACAGGGGCUGCUUUACCUCCUGUCUCCACCCAGGGCAUGGGAAGCAAAUCUCCAGAGCUGCUGAUGUCCUCUCCUUCCACCUGGCUUGCCCCAGGCUGUGCAGCAUCCUGCUGAGAGGUGGGUUUCCUGCUCUCCCACCUCCCACCUUAGUCCUCAGCUGUCUCAUGGGCAGAGAACAUGCCCAGGACCAGCAGCCCCGUGGUUCAUGGUGUCAGCCAGGUGUCAGCCCUUCCAGCAGAGCCCAGGAUGGGUGCUGAGCUUCAUCCAACAUCCCAGCACCCCUCGUGUCCCAUCCAUCCCUUGGCUCUGUCCAUCCCCCUCUGCCCAACACCCACCCAGCAAUCCUUAGCACAAACUCUGGGGAUGUUCUGCCUCCACCAGGACCCAGUGAUGGGGGCACUGAGGGGUGAGGGGGGGUCCCUUCACCUGUGGUUGGGGACAGCCCCUGGGGGUGGUGGCAGCCCCCCUGCGUACAUUUGUAAUGUUCCCCACUCUUGGGGUGUCUGUGUGUGUUGUAUUUAGGUGUGAGUGUGGGGGUGU